AUGGGUAAUCCAGAAUUCGGAAACAGAGGACCAGGUGCACAGUCCGGGGACGGCAAGGCACUCGAACCAACCAUUUCAUCUCAGUCGUCCAGGACAACAGACGCGAGCAAGAACAACCAACCCCCCGCUAUGGCGACCAUUGCAGACGACGACGACCGUCUUCUUGUCCGCAUUGGAUAUGCUCCUGUACUCCAAAGACAUUUCUCAAGAUGGUCCACAGUCUCGUAUGCCAUUUCCAUUCUCGGAGUGCUAGGUUCAGUACCUGCUACCUUUGGAUCUCCAAUGUCAUCAGGAGGCCCAGCAACAGCCGUCUGGGCCUGGUUCAUCGGUAGCAUCAUGGCCUACUGCAUCGCCAGCUCAGUUGCCGAACUAGUCUCAGCAUACCCCACAGCCGGAGGAAUGUACUAUGUCACAAAACACGUUGUGCCCCCCGAGCACGUCGCUGCCUGGUCGUGGAUCAUCGGAUGGUGCAACUUCCUCGGUCAAGCCGCUGGUGUUGCCAGUUUGGCCUACACCAUCUCGCAAAUGAUCUUAGCGACAGCAGUCAUGCACACUUUAGAUGGUGCGGGGCCAACCUUUGAACCGAAAGCUUACCAGACGGUGCUCCUUGCCAUUUUUGUGCUCUGCAUGUUUGGCGCCAUCUGCUCCUUCCCCACAAAUUGGCUGCACCGCAUUAUCCUGUGGUUCGCCCCGAUCAACAUUAUUGCAUCAAUCUGCAUCUGCAUCGCCCUGCUCAUUCUCACGCCCAACAAACAAAGCCCCAAGUGGGUGUUUACUACCGUCACGGACGGCUCCGGAUGGGGCAGCCAAGGUUUCUCAUUCCUCCUCGGCUUCCUCUCGGUUGCAUGGACCAUGACCGACUACGACGGCACUACGCACAUGUCCGAAGAGACGCACGAUGCCGCCAUCCGCGGUCCCGUGGCGAUUCGCGCUGCAAUCCUCGUGUCCGGUGUCGUCGGCUGGAUGUUAACCGUGACCUUUUGCUUCUGCAUGUCCGACUACGACGCCAUCAUGGCGACGCCAACCGGUCUGCCUGUUGCCCAGAUUUUCUUCAACGCAGGCGGUAAAACCGGUGGAACCAUCAUGUGGUUUUUUGUCAUGCUGGUCCAGUUCUUCACCGGAUGCUCAGCCAUGCUGGCUAAUGCACGCAUGGCCUGGGCGUUUGCCCGCGAUGCUGCGUUUCCUUUUUCAGAUUUUUGGAGCAAGGUUAAUACGCACACGCACACGCCUGUCAACGCCGUCUGGCUCGUCGUCAUCUUCUGCAGCUGCCUCGAUCUCAUCGGUAUCGGAAGCACACUAACCAUCACCGCCAUCUUCAACAUCACCGCGCCUGCCCUCGACAUUAGCUACAUCGCCGUCAUCAUUGCUCACCGAUGGUACGAAGGCCGCGUCGUCUUCCACCCAGGCCCUUACUCCAUGGGCAAAUGGAGCAAGCCCGUCAACGCCAUUGCCGUCACAUGGGUCAUCUUCAUCAGUGUCGUCCUGUUCUUCCCGACCGUCCGCCCCGUGCGUCUCGAUAACAUGAACUACGCCAUUUGCGUCGCCGCAUUCAUUGGCUUCUUCAGUACCGUCUGGUGGUAUGCGGGUGCGCGCAAGAAAUACACAGGACCCAGGACCAGCGAUACCAUUGAUAUGCUACCACCUGAGGACCCAGAGGAGAUUUUUAACGACUACGAUAGUCCAUAA